AUGAGAGUCGUGGAGGAUCGUUAUGAUAUGGAUGUUUACGCGUUCGGCGCUCGCGGCUCUCUGCCUCGUCGAGCCACGCCGUCGCUCAAGCGUUCGCGGGAGACGGGGGGGGCGCGGGCGCCUAAACUAUACGAUCGCACGAAACACGGCCCUACAGGAUCGUACAUGUUCCGACACGAUACCCCGCGAUCAGCGUCGUUUGUAAAAACCCCGCGUUACACCAUGUAUUAUUUUAAUACAUUCAACCUAGUAUUGAUACUU